AUGAACGGCCACUGCAACGGAAAGGUCAGCGACACCGUGGAGAGCUUCCACUGCAGCAGCGGCCUCGGCGACCUCAUCAUAGACACCGGGAAGUCCGCCGUGCACCGCAAGAACGAGACGUCCCGCAAAGAAGCCGAGGACCAGUCUCGCCUACCUGUGCUCGAGGUCGCCUACGCCACCAUCCUCCGCGAGCUCGGGGAGGACACGGACCGGCAGGGGCUGCUGCGCACGCCGCUGCGCGCCGCCAAGGCGAUGCAGUUCCUCACCAAGGGUUACCACGAGACCGUCGACGAUGUCUUAAACAAUGCCAUAUUUGAUGAAGACCAUGAUGAGAUGGUGAUCGUGAAGGACAUAGACAUGUUUUCCCUGUGUGAACAUCACCUGGUGCCCUUUUUUGGCAAGGUUCACAUUGGGUAUAUUCCCAACAAAAAAGUGGUGGGACUGAGCAAGCUGGCAAGGAUUGUGGAGGUCUUCAGUCGUAGGCUUCAAGUUCAAGAGCGUCUGACCAAGCAGAUCGCCACUGGUAUAGCAGAGGCUCUGCAGCCGAAAGGUGUAGCUGUGGUUAUUGAAGCAGCGCACAUGUGUAUGGUCAUGCGUGGCGUCCAGAAGAUGAACAGCCGCACAGUGACGAGCACCAUGCUGGGAGUUUACCUGGAGGACCCCAAAACUCGGGAGGAGUUCCUGACUCUUUCACAGCACGCCUAA